AUGCCAGACUCCACUACCAAAAAAGGCCAGUUCUAUAGUGCUAAGGAUCCUGCAGGGAAAGUGUCCACAUUGGACCUCGGAUCCUUUGAGACCCCCAAGGACACAGCGGGGUUUCCAAAGACACCCAUCAGCGGGGAGAUAAACACUAAACCCCCUAAUCUCAGCAGAAGUCGGAGAGAGGCCGAGCUGCUGAGGAGAUCUGCUCCUCGUGGCGAGUUUGACUCGCCAACUCCCGCUGUACACGGGCGCCGCUCCGCUCGCAGGUUGCUCUUCAGUGAUCUGCAGCCCACGGCCUCAUCAUUCCCAACUACUAACCAGACUGCUACUGCUAUUCAGCAGGAGCAGAAAGGUAAUGAGGAUUACGUUACACUCUCUUCCGAGGAACAACAUGCUGGGCAGCAUGUUCCAAAUAAUGAAGAGGAUGAAGCGAAACCCUCAAGCGAGUUCUAA